CGAGCCCGCCGCCGCCGCCGCCGGGCCGGGACUGCUGUGCGCCCGCGGCGUGAGGCGUGGGAGGGAGCGCGGCCCAUCAGCCGCGGCGCCGCCCGGUCGUCGUCUGCCUUCGCCUCCCGGCGCCAGCGCGGUCCGAGUUCUUUCUGACUGCUAUGGAAAGAGGAAAGAGAAACUAGGAGUAUUUGUAAAUCAUCGUUUGACUUCGUCGCAGAGUUAUGGUGGCCUUCUGAACUAAUAUGACAGAUACCUAGCAUCUAGCAGAAUAAUGGCAGCUGCUUACCUUGACCCAAACUUGAAUCACACACCGAAUUCAAGUACCAAGACUCACCUGGGUACCGGUGUGGAACGUUCCCCUGGGGCCAUGGAGCGAGUGUUGAAGGUCUUUCAUUAUUUUGAAAGCAACAGUGAGCCAACCACUUGGGCCAGUAUUAUCAGGCAUGGAGAUGCUACUGACGUCAGGGGCAUCAUUCAGAAGAUAGUGGACAGUCACAAAGUAAAGCACGUGGCCUGCUAUGGAUUUCGCCUCAGUCACCUGCGGUCAGAGGAGGUUCACUGGCUCCAUUUGGAUAUGGGUGUCUCCAAUGUGAGGGAGAAGUAUGAACUUGCACACCCACCAGAGGAGUGGAAUGGAGCCUGGAUCCUCAAAAGUAAGGAAGAUUUGGCUGACCCUCUUCAAGUGAAGGGCGAUGAAGAUGCUACUGCUAAUACUGGUGAAGAUGAUGACAUUGAUGUAUUGUCACCAUUGAGUGGCUGUUAAGAGCCAGGCACUGUGCCAGCUGUGUGCUAUUUGUGAUUCAUAUAUUUGUAAACUGUAUAUUUCAUUUACCCAAACCCUAGGAGGUAA